AACUUUCUCCACCCUAUAAGAGUCAGAGCUCAUCUGAAGACUCAGAGCAGAGGACAUGGAGCUGAGCAAAGUCAGGGUGGCCCUGGGGCCCUCAGGCCAGCUCCUCCUGCUCCUGUGCCUCAGGACAUUGAGCACCUGGGCUGCUGACACCUGUCCAGAGGUGCAGGUAGUGAGUCUGGAGGGCUCCGACAAGAUGACCAUCCUGCGGGGCUGCCCGGGGCUACCUGGAGCUACAGGGCCCAAGGGAUUCACAGGUGAUCCUGGAAAGAAAGGAGAACCAGGCUCCCCUGGAACCCGUGGGAGGAUUGGAUACUUUGGACCCAAAGGCCAGCAAGGGGAGAAGGGCCUUCCUGGGCAGAAAGGAGAACCUGGAUCAGCUGAGGACUGUAUGAAAGGCGCCAGGACCUGCCAGGAUGUACUUAAGAGGGGACACACUCUGAGUGGCUGGUACACUAUCUUCCUGCCUUUCUGCCGGCCAAUGGUUGUGCUGUGUGACAUGCACACUGAUGGAGGGGGCUGGACAGUGUUCCAGCGCAGGGUGGAUGGCUCUGUGGACUUCUACAGGGACUGGGCCUCCUACAAGAAGGGCUUUGGCAGUCAGCUGGGUGAAUUCUGGCUGGGCAAUGACAACAUUUACGCCCUCACUAAUCAGGGGACGAAUGAGCUCCGUGUGGACCUGGUGGACUUUGAGGGCAACCACAAGUUUGCCCACUACAGGAUGUUCAGAAUAGAGACUGAGGCCGAGGAUUACAAGCUGAUGCUGGGGGACUUCGUGGGGGGCACUGCAGGCGAUGCCUUGACAAUCCAUAAUGGCAAGACCUUCUCUACCAAAGACAAGGGCAUGGAUUCCUCAAGGUGUGCCCAGGUCUACCAGGGAGCCUGGUGGUAUGCAUCCUGUCAUCUCUCAAACCUAAAUGGCCACUACCUGGGAGGGGCCCACCACAGCUAUGCCAAUGGCAUCAACUGGAAUUCAUGGCGAGGAUACAACUACAGCUACAGGUUGUCAGAGAUGAAACUGCGGCCUCCCCAGCCGCAUAUCUACUGGGAGUGGUGAGCCCACACAGAUGGGUUUGGAGGAGGGAAAGUCACACUGUAAAGGAGACCUGUCAGAGAAGGAAAUGUCACUUCAAUACAGCUAUUCUGCAAUCACAGAGGCUAGCAGACCCUUCUGUGUCUUCAGUACUUUAUAUUUGCAAUGUAUUCACCUGCACCCUGGUCUGUCCCUGGCUAAGGGGAAGAUCACCUGAGUUUGAUUAUG